GAAGUUCACUCCCACUCCCAGCAUCAAUGGCGGAAACCCUCCAAUGGCCACUGACCUCUCUUUUCCCAACCCUUACUCUCCUCCUCUCCCUACUUCUUCUCCUCCUCCUCCUAAAUCUCAAGAAAAACCAUAAGAAAUCAAGCCUCAAGCUUCCACCAGGCCCUCGAGCACUUCCGAUCAUCGGAAACCUCCACCAGUUAGGCACCAUGCCGCACCUCUCUCUCCACCGCCUCUCCAAAGCCCACGGUCCCAUAAUCCACCUAACUCUCGGCGAGAUCCCGACUAUCGUCGUCUCCUCCUCCCGUCUGGCCCGCGAGGUUCUCCGCACCCACGAUCUCCCCAUGUCGAGCCGCCCACAGAUGUACUCCGCCUUCCAGCUCUUCUACGGCUGCACCGACAUCGCCUUCUCUCCUUACGGCCCGUACUGGCGACAAAUCCGUAAGCUCAGCAUCGUCGAGCUCCUCAGCGCCAAGCGCGUCGAAUCCUACUCCAUCUUCCGAUCGGCGGAGGUGGAGAGGCUGGUUCAGCGGAUCGAGUCAAGUUCCGGCUCAAAUUUGAAUCUGAGCAAAGCUUUAGGGUUGUAUGCGAAUGGGGUGCUUUGCAGGGCUGCGUUUGGGAAGGAUUUCUUGGAAGGAGGGGAGUAUGAGAGGCAUGGGUUUCAGAGGAUGCUGGAGGAGUACCAGGAAUUGCUUGGAGGGUUUAGUCUGGGGGAUUUCUUCCCUUCUUUGGAGUGGAUUAAUUCGGUGAAUGGGAUGAAGAGGAGAUUGAAGCAUACGUUUAUGCGUUUUGAUGUGUUGUUUGAUGAGAUUAUUAGGGAUCAUUUGGAGAGGAAGGAACAGAUCAAGGGUAACAGCAGUAUUGAUGAUGAUGAGCAAGAUGACAAGCAGGACAAGAUGGAGGCUAAGGAUUUGGUUGAUGUUUUGCUGGAUGUUCAAAAUGGAACAGGCUUGGAGAUGCCUCUCACUAUGGACAAUAUCAAGGCAGUCAUUUUGGACAUGUUUGCGGCUGGAACUGACACCACAUUCAUCACACUAGACUGGGGAAUGACAGAGCUGAUCAUGAAUCCAAGAGUGAUGAAGAAAGCACAAGAAGAAGUUCGAAGUAGGGUUGGAAAUAGAAAGUUUGUGUUGGAGAGUGACCUCCCUCACCUUCCUUACUUAAAAGCAGUAAUCAAAGAAAUAUUUAGACUCCAUCCACCAGCUCCAUUACUAGUGCCUAGAGAAUCUAUGGAACAAGUCACCAUUGAAGGUUACCAAAUCCCAGCCAAAACAAGAGUGUUCAUCAAUGCAUGGGUAAUUGGAAGGGACCCAGAGAGUUGGGAGAACCCACAGGUUUUUGAGCCUGAGAGGUUUAUGAAUACUAGUAUUGAUUUUAAGGGGCAGGACUUUGAGCUUAUACCUUUUGGAGCAGGGAGAAGAGGCUGCCCAGCUAUCACUUUUGGGGUUGUGACUAUUGAGAUUGCUCUUGCGCAGCUUCUUCAUGGUUUUGAUUGGGAGCUCCCUCCAGGCAUUGUUGCUGAAGAUUUGGAUAUGAAGGAGGCCUUUGGCAUAACUAUGCACAGGAUUCAAGAACUAGUUGUGGUGGCCAAGUCUUAUUUUAUAUAGGGAUGUUUGUCUGCAUGUAUGGUAGUGUCUGCAUGAGUUGCUUUUAGUCAUCAUCUUCAUCUUGAUCACAAAUAUCAAUAAUUAAUGCGAUCAAGUGUGAUAUGCUCAAUGAUACAAGGUAGUGACAUAUGGGUGUCUAUAAUUAUGGACACAUGCAUUACACAGAUUUGUUAUCAAGGUAUAAUUAGAAAAGUAAUUAUCAAACAAGUCUUGAUUUGUAUAAAGUGAUAUUUUGUGCAUAAAUUAGAGCUAAGUAUGGUUAUAAUCAUGAACUUGUCAAUUGAGUAUGUGUAACUCUGAGUAUGUUUAAAUAUAAAAU